ACAAUAGCGAACCCUAAGAAAGAAAGAGCAAUACGUCCAAAUCUGCGAGACGUGCACAUUCUCGGGGUUACCCUUAGGCUUACAGGUCAUAAGACUGCACUUGAUUGGGUAGAAAUUUCGAAAUUCCUGUUGUGUUUUAGGGUUCGCUGUAGCUAGAACGACAACAGAAAAAUUUGUGCAGUGUCUAGAAGAAUAACAACUCUAGCUCUUCAAGUUUCUCGAUUUCUCCAAGCUGGAUCUUCAUCUCCAAAGGUAUCUAACAAUAAAUAAAUAGUGGUUUACCAGAGCAGCAAACUGAUUUGCUUCUAGCUAGUAAAUGUACAGAGAGUUAUGAUAUUAUCUUUUGCGUGGUGGCUUGGUGCUUCUGCUUCCACAUAUAGCUUGGCACACAUAAAUCUCUAUUAUUGGGUUAGCAAAUAUGCCGUUCAAAAAUCUGUUGACUGUAAAAGGUUCUAAUCGGCAUGAACUCCAACGGUUGAUAUCUGGAAGACAAAGUGGGCUCCAGGAGUCGGUCCAGAUUCUGGUUUCUCAAGGUAGGUUGUUAUUAGGACAUUCAAAGCUUUUCCAUUCCCUAGCUGCUGCUCAGGGGAGUCCACACACAGUUGAUCAAAGGAAGAAUCUUUCUGUUUUUGGAGCAUUUUCUCGUGCCAUAUCCAUUCCAUCAGUAUACGGGCCCACAUUUCAGGUCUCUGGCAAUCAUAUCGAUCGUUUGAUUGGCAGGGAUUCUCAGCAGACACCAAUGUCUGCUUUAAGUCCGAAAUCUUUUUCUCUCUUGGACAGCUCUCCAAGUAAAAUUUCCUCCUGGCACCUCCAACCUGAUGUAUCAUCAGUGCACAAUUCACUAAUUUCUAACGGCUAUAGAGGAUUUGAGAAUUGUAGAAGAGCAUGCAUGAGUUUGAGGAACAAAGAUAAGCCGAAUUCAUUUGUCAUUUAUGGAUAUUUUGCAUAUAUUGUUGGGAAGAGACGAGAUGGAGACCAUCUAUUUGAAGGAUUUGGAUUGAAUGGUUUCCACAGAUUGCCGUCUGCUUGUUUCUCUACUCGAACAGCUCCAGAUGUGUCCAUUGAUAACCCAGUGUCUGGGGACCAAUGUGCAAAUUCAGCUGACUCUUCAGAAGAGAAGAUCCUGAUUGGAAGGAGCCUGAAGCUGAACUCUGGAUCAUGUUAUUUGCCCCAUCCUGACAAAGAAGAGACAGGGGGAGAGGAUGCUCAUUUCAUAUGUGGGGAUGAGCAAGCAAUUGGGGUUGCUGAUGGUGUGGGUGGAUGGGCUGAGCUUGGGGUUGAUGCGGGGCAGUAUGCACGAGAGCUGAUGUCUAACUCUGUGUCAGCCGUUCAGGAGGAACCGAAGGGUUCCAUAGACCCUGUCAGAGUCUUGGAGAAAGCUCACUUGUCUACAAAAGCAAAAGGUUCUUCAACUGCUUGUAUCAUUGCGCUUACAGAUCAGGGUCUCCACGCCAUAAAUUUAGGUGACAGUGGAUUUAUGGUGGUGAGAGAAGGAUGUACUGUUUUCAGAUCUCCUACUCAGCAGCAUGAUUUUAAUUUCACAUAUCAAUUGGAAAGUGGUAAUGCUGGAGAUCUUCCAAGCUCUGGACAGGUGUUCAAAGUUCCAGUAGCUCCAGGAGAUGUCAUAAUCACCGGAACGGAUGGUCUAUUUGACAACCUAUACAAUAGUGAUAUCACUGCAGUUGUGGUUCAUGCCGCAAGGGCUGGGUUAGGGCCGCAGGUGACGGCUCAGAAAAUAGCAGCACUGGCACGCCAGCGGGCCCAGGAUAAAAACAGGCAGACACCGUUCUCUGCUGCUGCACAGGAAGCCGGGUUCCGUUAUUACGGCGGAAAGCUGGAUGACAUCACCGUUGUUGUUUCAUAUAUUACCAGUGAUAAAAAUGAAAGCUCUUCUGUGCCAUGCAGAUCUACUUAGCAGAUGCUUCCCAUCUGGUGUUGGAGGUCAAAGUUUGGUUUUUGUUGUAGUUUUGAGAUUCAAAUGUGUCUAUGUGUGUGGAUGAUGAAAUUCAGAAAUUGUAGUCUGUUGUACAUAUUAGUUAUGGCCAGUGUUUUACUCGUUUGUCUUCCAUACAACUAUAACAAAUUGAGUAAUCUUGUGCAUCAUUGAUUAAUGAUUAUUUUUUGAUACUCCGUUGUGUUAAUUAAUUAAUGACGGGUUCGGCGUGAG